CCAAUUGAAAACUGCCACCAACGAUCCUCUUCUUUCUCUCGCGUGCUUUCCCAUUGCGAGAGCACAGGACCUCGCGCGCUCACCCGGCAUGGCCGCCGUCGUCCUCCCCAGCCGCCUCCUCUUCCUCCUCCUCCUGUCCUCGCCCUCGCUCUUCGCCGCCGCCCAGUACGCGGAGUACUCGUGCAAUGGCACCACGGGCAACUUCACGUCCGGCAGCGCCUUCGCCGCCAACCUGGACCGCCUCGUCGCCGCGCUCCCCGGGGACGCCGCCUCCUCCCCGUCCCUCUUCGCCUCGGCCUCCGCCGGGUCCGGCCCGGGCGGCACCGCGUACGGCCUCGCGCUCUGCCGCGGGGACCUGACGGACCGGCGCGCCUGCUCGGCGUGCCUCGCCGACGCCUUCGCCAGGCUGCGCCGGCUCUGCGGCGCGGACCGAGACGCCACGUUCUACGCCGACCUGUGCACGGCGCGGUACUCGGGGGCCGACUUCCUGGCGCGCCCCGACGACAACUCCCCCGUCAUCAACGGCAUGGACGCGAACGCGUCGACGUACCCCGGCUGGGACGCCCGGAACGCCACCAGCCGGAGCUUCUUCCUCUCCCUAGUCAACACGCUGUUCGGGGAGAUGUCCAUGUACGGCGCCUACAACUCGUCGCGCCGCCUCGCCAGCGCCGUCAUGUUCAUCAACGCGCAGCUGCCCACCGUGUACGGCUUCGCGCAGUGCACGCCGGACCUCGCGCCCGCGCAGUGCUGGAGCUGCUUCCAGGGUGUCGAGGUCCUCAACCGCCAGUGGUACGACGGCCGCGAGGGAGGGCGCAUCUCCGGCGUGCGCUGCAGCUUCCGGUACGAGGGGUACCAGUUCUACCAGGGCACGCCGGAUGUCAGGAUCGGCGGCCGGCACGGCGGCGAGUCCGCGCCGGACGCUGGAACCGACGGAAGCAGCCACAAAAAGGCCUUGAUCAUCGCUGUCGUCGUAUCAAUCACGGUUGUCUGUGGCUUGCUGCUCGCCUGCCUUCUGAUCGUCAGAAAACAAAGGAAGAGAGCCGGAAAGACGAGGCUGCCGGUGCAGGCACAUUCCCGGAACAGCUCCAAGACGGAGGAGGCGCUGAAGCUGUGGCGGAUCGAGGAGAGCACCUCGGAGUUCACGCUCUACGACUUCGCCGAGCUGGCGGCCGCCACCGGGGGCUUCUCAGACGAGAAUCGGCUCGGCAAAGGCGGCUUCGGCCCCGUCUACAAGGGCAAGCUGCCGGACGGUGCCGAGAUAGCGGUGAAGCGGCUGGCGGCGCAUUCCGGGCAGGGGCUGGAGGAGUUCAAGAACGAGAUCCAGCUGAUCGCCAAGCUUCAGCACACCAACCUGGUCCGUCUAGUCGGUUGCUGCGUCCAGGACGAGGAGAAAAUGCUCGUCUAUGAGUACAUGCCCAACCGCAGCCUCGACUGCUUCAUCUUUGACCAGCAACGGGGGCCAUUGCUAGACUGGGAGAAGCGGCUGCGUAUUAUUGAGGGCAUCGCCCAGGGCCUCUUGUACUUGCACAAGCACUCCCGGGUGCGCAUCAUCCAUCGAGAUUUGAAGGCCAGCAAUAUUUUGCUUGACAAAGAAUUGAACCCCAAGAUCUCGGACUUCGGCAUAGCUAGGAUCUUCGGCUCCAACAUGACCGAAGCCAACACCAACAGAGUCGUCGGGACAUACGGCUACAUGUCUCCCGAGUACGCUUCGGAGGGCAUCUUCUCGAUCAAGUCGGACGUGUACAGCUUCGGCGUGCUGCUCCUGGAGAUCGUCAGCGGCAAGAGGAACAGUGGCCAGCAUCAGUACGGCGACUUCAUCAACCUGCUCGGAUACGCGUGGCAGCUGUGGAGGGAAGGGCGGGCGUUCGAGCUGAUCGACCCGACGCUGGGCGAGUGCGGCGAGGUGGCGAGCAUCAUGCGGUGCGUCAAGGUGGCGCUGCUGUGCGUGCAGGACAGCGCCACGGACCGGCCCACCAUGGCGGACGUGACGGCGAUGCUGGCCGCCAGCAGCGACGGCGGCGCCUCGCUGCCGGACCCGAGGCGGCCGCCGCACUUCUCGCUCCGGGUCAGCAGCAGCGAGGACGGGACGGCGGGCCGGACCCGGUCGUCGUCGUCGCACGCCACCACGUCGUGCAGCACCAACGAGCUCACCGUCACUACCAUCCAAGAGGACCUGCCGCUGAUCCUCAGUCCCCAAGCUUCUUCCACAACGGGAAAACAAGAGCUCGACAUGGCGGUCCCACCCUACCUCCUCCUUCUCCUGUCCUCUACGCUGCUUUUCCCCGGCGCCGCCGCGUACUCGGAGUACUCGUGCAAUGGCACCACGGGCAGCUUCACGUCCGGCGGCGCGUUCGCCGCCAACCUGGGCCGCCUCGUCGCGGCGCUCCCCGCCAACGCUUCCUCCUCCCCGUCGCUCUUCGCCUCGGCGGCCGUCGGUGCCGCCCCGGACACGGCGUACGGCCUCGCGCUCUGCCGCGGCGACGUCGCGGACCCCGGGGCCUGCUCGGCGUGCCUCGCCGGCGCGUUCGCCCGGCUGCGUCGGCUCUGCGGCGCGGACAGGGACGCCACCUUCUACGCGGAGCUGUGCACGGCGCGGUACUCGGGCGGGGACUUCCUGGCGCGGCCCGGCGACAACUCCCCGGUGAUCAACGCGCUGGACGUGAACGGGUCGACGUACUACGGGUGGGACGCCCGGAACGCGACGAGCCGGACGCUGUUCCUGUCGCUGGUGGGCACGCUGUUCGGGGAGAUGGCCAUGUACGCCGCCUACAACUCCUCGGCGGCGCGCAUGUUCGCGAGCGCCGCCAUGUACGUCAACCCGCAGCUGCCGACGGUGUACGGCUUCGUGCAGUGCACACCGGACCUCUCGCGGGGCCAGUGCUGGGACUGCUUCCAGGGCCUCCAGGACCUCAACCGCCGGUGGUACGACGGCCGCGAGGGAGGGCGCAUCCUCGGCGUCCGCUGCAGCUUCCGGUACGAGGCCUACCAUUUCUUCGCCGGCAUGCCGGAGGUCAGGAUCGGCCUGCAGGGCGACGCCUCUUCUUCAGCAACUCCUGGAAGCCGUGGAAGCAACCACAAGAAGGUGGUACUUGUAGCUCUCAUCGUAUCAAUCACGGCGUUCUGCGCAAUACUGGUUGCCGGCCUUUUGAUAAUCCGAACACAUAGACAACGAGCCGAGAAGAGAAAGAAGCUGCAGCUGCAGGCGCAGUCCCGGAACAGCUCCGCGACGGAGGAGGCGCUGAAGCUGUGGCGGAUCGAGGAGAGCAGCACGGACUUCACGCUGUACGACUUCGCCGAGCUGGCCGCCGCGACGGCCGAUUUCUCCGACGACAACCUGCUCGGCAGGGGCGGCUUCGGGCCGGUCUACAAGGGCAAGCUGCCGGACGGCGCCGAGAUCGCGGUGAAGCGGCUGGCGGCGCACUCGGGGCAGGGGCUGGAGGAGUUCAAGAACGAGAUCCAGCUGAUCGCCAAGCUGCAGCACACCAACCUGGUCCGCCUCGUGGGGUGCUGCGUCCAGGAGGAGGAGAAGCUGCUCGUCUACGAGUACAUGCCCAACCGCAGCCUCAACUGCUUCAUCUUCGACCGGCAGGGGGGGCCGCUGCUGGACUGGGAGAAGCGGCGGCGCAUCAUCGAGGGGAUCGCGCAGGGGCUGCUCUACCUGCACAAGCACUCCCGGGUGCGCAUCAUCCACCGCGACCUCAAGGCCAGCAACAUCCUGCUGGACAAGGACCUGAACCCCAAGAUCUCGGACUUUGGCAUGGCCAGGAUCUUCGGCUCCAACAUGACGGAGGCCAACACCAACAGGGUCGUCGGCACAUAUGGCUACAUGGCUCCCGAGUAUGCUUCGGAGGGCAUCUUCUCGGUGAAGUCCGACGUGUACAGCUUCGGCGUGUUGCUGCUGGAGAUCGUGAGCGGCAAGAGGAACAGCGGCCACCACCACCACUACGGCGACUUCGUCAACCUGCUCGGAUACGCAUGGCAGCUGUGGAGGGACGGGAGGGCGCACGAGCUAGUCGACCCGGCGCUGGGCGAGUGCGGCGAGGUGGCGAGCAUCGUGCGGUGCGUCAAGGUGGCGCUGCUGUGCGUGCAGGACAGCGCCGCGGACCGGCCCACCAUGGCGGACGUGACGGCGAUGCUGGCCGACGGCGGCGGCUGCGCGUCCGGGCCGCUCCCGGACCCGAGGCGGCCGCCGCACUUCUCGCUCAGGGCGACGGCCGCCGCCGCCGCCGCCUGCAGCAGCGGCGACGAGGACGGCGGCGGCGGGUCGGGGGCGCGUACGAACUGCGGCACCACGUCGUCGUGCUUCAGCACCAACGACCUCACCAUCAGCUCGUCCAUCCAGGAGGGAAGAUGACUUCUUUGCAGAAACACCUUCUUUCUGAUGAUGGGGAUCGACAUGAUCGAGCUGCGUGUGAGAUGGGAAUCAGACGAUCGGUUGGGGGUUGUCCGUUGAGGAUGAGACGUGACAUGUUCUGGAGCGUACCUCUGUUGCUAACUUGCCGUUGUGAGACCGUGACAGGUCACAUGGCGAUCGUUGCACGCGUGAUGAUUGUGCACCGCUGUACACACACACAUGCUGGCAUUGAUUGUGGACAUGCUGCGGUGCUGCUGCUUUGACGGCGAGGGGUCGGUGAUCUGUGGGCGGCAGGGUUCAUUCAAAAGGGGUCGCUUCCGGAAUCGGGGUUGUUGAUGAGUUGGCGGAGCGGUGUUGGGUGACUGUUUGGCGCAGACAAUUCAGGCCGUCCAACUGCGAGCCUGAUGAAUGAUCAGUACGAUGACUUUGACGCCAAGCUCGUGUGCGUGCGCUGAUUCUUGCUUGCAGGACGAAGCAAAUGCAGGUUCUCUUAACCAGAUAGAUGAUCUCUCCGAAGCAUUUUGCAUAGCAUUUGCCAUGGUUUGUCUCGGUUGAUCCUACUUCCUACGCCCUAGCCGCAGUACUGCUGUUUAGGCGGUAGUUGCUGAUUCAGACAAACAGGCAGGCGGACCACGAAGCAAGAGAGUGGUCCGGCCCAAUAUGCAACUUGCCGGCCCAGAAUGGUUAAGGCCCAAUAUGUAAUCUGCGUAUAACCUGGAGAGCGAGAGGGAAAGAACAUGCUUGAUGAACGUGGGCAGCUCCAAUGUGUGAAAAAGGUGGCAUUAAGCAAUAAAUGCUUGUGCUGAGAUGCACCAUAGUCAUUGUGGGGAUGAACUUUAAAGG